UGUCCGCAGGUGAGCGCUAGUUAAGGAAGACAACGACUCACCAACAGCGGAGUGUUAGAAACAAAACUGUGAUUGAAAUGAUUUUACUACAAUUUGUACACUAAUAUAAUGUCAGGGGAUAUUUAACGCACCAUGGUGAACUUAGGAGUAUGCUGUGCCAACCUGAAGGACAACAAAGCCCUGAUGAAGAUGGGGCUGGGGCUGGUGCUGGUGGGCCAUGUCAACUUUCUCCUGGGAGCCCUGGUGCACGGCGCUGUGCUCAGACACAUCAAAGUGCACACUCAGGCUCGGACCAUGGAGUACGCUAUCUCUAAUGUCAUUGCAAUUGUGGCAGGCUUGUUGGGAAUUGUCAGUGGAAUAACGGCCAUUGUCCUGUCCAAAAACAAGAAAAACAGGAUCCUGCAGUGGAUCCUGUUGAUCCUAAGCUUCUUGGCAGGUCUUUUGGCAGUGGCCUCCAUCCUGGGCUUGUCAGUUUCUAUGGUGAAAGCCAUUAUGCACAAAGGAUGGAGCCUGCUAAAGUUCUGCGAAAUAUCUGACAGUAAUAAAGACGUCGGCUCCAUUUACAACAUCACAGACGAAUGCCCAUUUGACCCCACCCGUAUUUUUGGGACCACCAUCAUACUGUGGGUGCCUCUUAUCUUGAUGUCUGUGGUGGAAAUGGUGUUCUCCUUCCGCUGCUUUGCUGUCUGUACUUCAUUCCUUUACCUCUGUCCAUGCAGGAGGAGGCCUGUCCAAGCUAAGAGGGUGCGUAUCCAGAGAACUGUUGAAACUUCAUCGUUGUCUCCAGGACAAGAUCCCGAGGCUGAUGCUACAGCUGAGCCUGCAGAGCACGAUGAACUGCUGGACGGCACCACGGCAGUGGAACAGAGUGAAUGGCUUUGAACGGGACAGGCUGCAAACUGCUGGGAUUAACCGGAUAAAACACAACUUCAUGAGAAGUUGCUUCAUUGUGUCUGUUACACAGUUAAUAUCUGAAGAGGACAUUUGUGGGACUUAAACCAGCUAUGGAAUUUUCUUUGUUUUAUACUGUUGAUAACUGACUGUUAUACUGCUGUUGAUUUGGGAUUAAUACAUUUUGUUUAUGUAUUUGUUUGUAGUAUUGUCUUGAAAAUACAGACCUGAAAAAUCA